CAGAGUGGGAUCCUCCAUUGUUCCCGUUUCUGCCCUGGGAUGGCUGGCGUGGGCUCAGUUCCCUUACCACCUGAUCCCUGGGCUGGGCAGGGUGCUCACUCUUUCCUAUGCUUCUUCCCCAGCAACCCCAAAGUCCAGGUGGAGGCCAUUGAAGGGGGAGCCCUACAGAAGCUGCUGGUAAUCCUGGCCACGGAGCAGCCACUCACAGCAAAGAAGAAGGUCCUGUUUGCGCUGUGCUCCCUGCUGCGCCACUUCCCCUAUGCCCAGCGGCAGUUCCUGAAGCUGGGAGGGCUGCAGGUCCUGAGGAGCCUGGUGCAGGAGAAGGGCACAGAGGUGCUGGCCGUGCGUGUGAUCACGCUGCUCUACGACCUGGUCACGGAGAAGAUGUUCGCCGAGGAAGAGGCCGAGCUGACCCAGGAGACACCCCCAGAGAAGCUGCAGCAGUAUCGCCAGGUGCACCUCCUGCCAGGCCUGCGAGAACAGGGCUGGUGCGAGAUAACAGCCCAUCUCCUGGCACUGCCUGAGCACGAUGCCCGUGAAAAGGUGCUACAGACGCUGGGUGUCCUCCUGGCCACCUGCCAGGAUCGCUACCGUCAGGACCCCGAGCUCAGCAGGACUCUGGCCAGCCUGCAGGCUGAGUACCAGGCGCUGGCCAGUCUGGAGCUGCAGGAAGGUGAGGAUGAAGGCUACUUCCGGGAGCUGCUGGGCUCUGUGGACAGCUUGCUGAAGGAGCUGAGAUGAGGCCCACACCACGACUGGACUGGGAUGCUGCUAGUGAGGCUGAGGGAUGCCAGCAUGGGUGGGCUCCUCAGGCAGGAAGACAUCUUGGCAGUGCUGGCUUGGCCAUUAAAUGGAAACCUGAAGGCCAUC